CCUAGUCGCUCAUUGCAGCAGCCUCACGCAAGCUAGAUGCAGUAGUUGUGCGAACUACAUGGAGCUGUAGCACACACCUGAAAGGCGGCUCUGCCGAGCACGACAAGACAAGUGCACAAAACGCCAACGGGAAUCUACUACUACGGGUAUAAACACCUUCCAGCGGCAAAAGACGGCUGAAUCGGACACGCGCAAGAGCGGUAUUCCUCUAUCAUUUCUUAAAACAGGAACUAAAGUAACAACUUAGCCGUGUGGUCAGCCGUAAACAACGAUCGGCGGGAAUGGCUUCAUCUCCUUGCGGUAGCAACUUUGAUUGUGGGCUCGAAAUCAAAACUCGCUCCGUGGAACAAACACUUAUUCCUCUCGUCUCACAGAUCACCACGCUGAUCAACCACAAAGACAAGCCAAAGAAGUCAGAGAGGACGCUGCGCGCCAUCCAGCGGGUGGGGCAGGCAGUGAGUGCAGCAGUGGGCCGUUUCGUCGCCGUGGGAGAGGCCAUCGCCGUGGAGAAUGAGGAGCUGAAGGAGGAGAUGGGCCUGGCCUGCUUCGAGGCGCGGCGAGCAGGUAACACCAUCGCCCAGCUGACGGAUGUGAGCACCCUGGAGCAGCCCGAGUCGGAUGCGCGCAGCACGGUGUUCAGCGACCGCACGGCCAUGGUGAAGGCGGCGCGCAUGCUCCUGUCCUCCGUGACCAAGGUCCUGGUGCUGGCCGACCGCAUAGUCAUCAAACAGAUCAUCACCUCACGGAACAAGGUGCUGGUGACGUUGGAUCAGCUGGAGAGGGUCAGUACCUUUCAGGAGUUCGUCCAGAUCUUCAGCCAGUUUGGCAACGAGAUGGUGGAGUUCGCCCACCUCACGGGAGACCGACAGAAUGACCUGAAGGAUGAGAAGAAAAAGGCGCGUAUGGCGGCGGCCCGUGCCGUGCUGGAGAAGUGCACCAUGAUGCUGCUCACCGCAUCCAAGACGUGCCUGCGACACCCCGACUGCGAGUCCGCUCGCAUGAACAAGGACGCAGUGUUCCAACGCAUGCGCUACGCCCUGGAGCAGGUGAUCGAGAUCGUCACGGACUCCCGGCCCGGAGCCGGCGCCGGAGGAGCAGGAGACGCCCAGUCAGUCAUGCCCAUCAGCCUCUACACCGGCAUCAAAAACUUCAAGGGCAAGGUGGAGGGCCUGCGAGAGUCCCUGUACCACGUGUCGGCGGAGAGUCUCUCGGCGCAGCUGGAGGCGCUGCUGGAGCAGAUGGAGGACUUCACCGACUCGCCCUACACACACCACGACCAGCGCCAGACCCUGCUGCAGAUGUGCACGCUCGCACGCCAGGAGACACACACACUCAUCGCCGCCUGGACGGAAGCGCAGUCCGCUAAAGAGAUGGAGGCCACGGAGGAAGUGGAGCUAGCCAUCCUCAAAGCCUGUCAAAGUGUCGGCGAACUUCGUAAAGAGCUGCAUAAGAUCGCGGUGGGCCGUGCGUCGGAGCAGCUGAAGCAGCAGUCGGAGCACCUGGCCCUGUCUGCCCUGAAGGCCGGGGGAGGGGAGGGCAACCUGGAGGCCGUGGCCCAGUACGCACGCACCCUGGCCGAGCAGAAGGAGCAACUCGUGGAGACAUGUCGGCUGCUGUGUCAUGUCUCUGGCACGGAGCCUCUUGAGAUCACCUGUAUCCACGCUGAGGAGACCUUCCACGUCAUCGGACCCCAGAUCAUCUCGGCAGCACAGACGUUGGCGCUGCACCCGUCCAGUAAGAUCGCCAAAGAGAACCUGGACGUGUUCUGCGAGGCCUGGGAGUCCCAGCUGUGUGACAUGGCCGUGCUGCUUCGGGAGAUCAACGACGUCUUCGAAGGACGCAGAGGAGAUAAGAAAGCCUACUUAUCACUGCCCAGACCCGGGAAACAUUCAGCCAACCUAAAGACUGCAAAAGCUGCUAAACUUGACUCUGAGGAGCAGACCACCUUAGCCAAGCUGGGCCUGGAGCUCCGGCUGCUGACCUCGGACGUGGACUCGGAGGUGGAGCGAUGGGAGGACCAGGAGUACGACGUCUGCCGCCACAGCCAGACCAUCUCCAGCAUGGCCUACUCCAUGUACCUCUUCACCAGAGGAGAGGGCCUUCUGAAAACCACACUGGACUUGUUCCACCAAGCAGAGAUGCUAUCUGAACAGGGAUUCCAGCUGUGCUCACACCUGCACUCCUUCGCCACGCAGCUUGCGGACGAGGACAAGGCUUUGGUCCUGUCGGAGACCGAGAAGCUGGCAGCCUGCAGUCAACAGCUGCAGAUGGGGGCCAAGACUCCAGUCCAGGGCAAGAGCGCCACCUUCCUGAAGGUGGAACAAUCGAUACAGAACACCAAAGGAGUUAUGACUGUGGUGGUCUUCCUUUUGCCUGUCUGUCAUAAGCUCUUGAAAAAGCACACAUCGGGCAGGAGCAGCCUGAGCUCUCCUCAGGAGUGGCGAGAGAAGCAGCUGCCCAUCACGCCCGUCAGGGAGGACACGGUGGUGGCACCGGUGAUGCCAGCGCAGACGCAGAGCCAGACCCAGGUCAAUGGCAAGAGCAGCAACGGCUUCGGGGUGAAGUCCCUGGAACAGCACAUGGCCAACCUCACCUUCCUGGAGAGCAAAUAGACUGACUGACUAUCUUACCUAACUAACCACCCCUUUACCGAACGCUUGUCGUAUUCUGGAUCCCGUAACACACACACACACACACACACACACACACACA